AUGCCUGGAAAGUGUGUACACAAGGGCUGCGGCAAGACAUUCGCCGACGACAAUGAAGAAUGCGUCUAUCAUCCCGGUCCACCAGUCUUUCACGAGGGCCAGAAGGGAUGGAAAUGCUGCAAACCUCGCGUUCUGACCUUUGACGAAUUCAUGACCAUCCCUCCUUGCACAACCGGCAGACACAGCACCGUCGACGACACACCCGUCGAAGAACCAAAAGCCGCUCCCGCUGAUGCUCCCGCGCCCGCAUCUACUGUAACUCCUUCCGAGCCAGCAGCACCUGGACGCGCACCCACAGCCCAAGCCCCGCAACCACCCUCUUCGCCCGCACCCCCAGAAGACGAAGACGACGACCCAAACGCUACAGUCCCGGACAACGCAACAUGCAAGCGUAAGGCUUGUGGUACAACGCACAAAGGCGCACCUCGCAGCGACGACGAAAACUGUCAGCAUCAUCCUGGUGCCCCCAUCUUCCACGAAGGUAGCAAGGGCUGGUCAUGCUGCAAACGCCGCGUCCUAGAGUUUGACGAGUUCCUCCGUAUCCCUGGUUGCAAGACGAAGUCGCGCCACUUGUUCGUGGGUGCAAAGAAAGACGAAGGAGAGGAGAAGCUGGAGAGUGUGAGACAUGACUUCUACCAGACACCCGACAAGGUCAUGGCAAGUUUGUACUUGAAGAAGAUUGACAAGACCAUUUCGAAGGUCGAGUUCCAAGACAAGGCGGUCGACUUGGAUCUGAGGACGAGCGACCGCAAGAGGUUCCAACAGGUCGUGCCGCUUUUCGGUACCAUUGACAAGGAAAAGAGCGAGUUCAGCAUCAUGGGAACCAAGCUGGAGUUAAGGCUUGUCAAAGCAGACGGUGCUUCGUGGCCGGUUCUGCGAGGUGAUGAGAAACACACUGGCGAGAUUAUCCAGAUGGGUCGUGCCGGAAGGGCAUAG